AUAUAACUUCAGUCGAAAGUUUUUUGUUACAAAAAUCCAAAACAAAGUGCAUCAUCCCUUUUAUUUUUUCAAACAAAAAGAAUAAAUUUUCAUUUACUAAACAAAGCUAAAUAUAAAUACAAAUAAUGGCUUUAGCAAAUGUCCUCGUUCUAAGCCAAAUUGCUGGUCAUGUUAUUCUAUUUAUUCUCUCGCUUUGUAUGAUUUUUCCAUUGAGUAUGAAUCUGAAUGAAUUCAAUGGGCAUUGUCUAUUAUUUGCAUCGGGCAAAUGGCGAGAAGAAGAUGGUUUAUUUAAUGUUGAAUGGGCCUCACCUGGAUUUUGUAGAUUCCCCCUUGCAACUGGAAUUGUUUUAUUUUUUGUUUCAAGCAUACAAAUUUACCGGUUUGCCCGACUUCGUGAAGAAAGCUCAUUUUUAGCACUCUUCAUCGAUGUUGUGCUUGGCAUUCAAAUGCUGGCAAUGUCAAUACUGUCAGCUAUCAUCAUCACUCUGGGAUUCAUUGUUUGGUGUUCAGAGAUGACUGAACGUUUUCCAUCUUGUGAAAUAGCUGCCGGUCAGAAUAUAACGCCUGGUGGCGAAAAAAUUGAUACAUCUGGAUUCUAUAUUGAAAUGGGAACAGCUCAGUUUGGUGCUUGGGGUAGCUUUGCCAUAUCAGUUGGAGUCGCUGUAAUUGCCCUUCUCAAGCUCAUCAACAAUCACCAGAUUCGUAAUAUCAAAGUCUCAAUGUAUUUGGAACGACAACGUCUUGUUAAUGAAGAUGCAUUGAAUGUGAAUAAUCAAAGAGAUGGAAGAUCAACGCCACCAAUUGAAGCUGCUCGUUAAAUUUGGCGACGGCUCGAAUCAUCGUUUUCAAAUUUAUACAAAUAUUCAUUUUAUUUUUUAGUAAAUCCCUUUGUAUGGAACUAAAAAAUUAAAGAUUAUAGACACAAUUAAGUUCUAGAUUUAUGUAAGAUUGUAUACAAUUAAUGAUUUAUAUUAUAUUUUUUUGUUGAUUUAUAAUAGCGAAUUAUUCUUAGUUCGUUUUUAGUUUUAAAUUUAAAAUCCAUAACAAAUUUCAUACAUUUAUGUAUUAUGUGCACUUAUAUAUUGGUAAUUUGAUAAAUUAAUUCAAACAUUA